AUUUCCGAAUGUCGUGCUUUUACCACCGUGCGUUACCUACCCGGGUAGUCCUUCCCCCCCACCUUGCCGCUGAAGCGCCCAAUCUCUUUCGCUUGCCUUCAGUUUCUCUCCGUCCCGUCCGAUUCCGAUACUCGUCAGUCGCGCUAGGUUUGUUCACCGAGGAACAUCGCCGGCCGCCGGCCGCGUGUCUCGCCGUUUAUUUGUUUACCAAACGAGUAACUCAAUCGAGCGCGUGUCGCGGGGGAAUGUCAAGCAUUCGUUUAUGUUGUACGAUCCUUGGGUUUGGAUCUGAUCAACCUGUUUGUUUAAUUAUUUGAUAAUAAAAAUGUAGAUGUCUUUAAUUCAUUAAAAUGUUGGAAGUUUCACAUUAACUGUUCUACUUAUGUGGGUAUCUAUGCUGUUUGCCUGUCAGUAACUAUUAGUAGAUUAAUCUCAUAAUGGCACGACUCACGGAGGAAAUGGUAGUUGCAAGAACUAAACAAUCAGACAUUGGACAGGUCACCAAAUUGAAUUGCUGGGGAAGUGAAUUAUCGGAUGUCCGCCUCCUGAGAAGAAUGCAGAAUGUGGAAGUUCUGUCAUUGAGCGUGAACAAGAUCAGGUCGCUGGAGGACUUUCAGCACUGCCGCAACUUGGUCGAGCUGUUCGUGCGGAAGAAUGAGAUUGCGGACCUCGGGCAGAUCCUGUACCUGCAGCACCUGCCCAAGCUCAAGAACCUCUGGCUGGAGGAGAACCCCUGCGCCAAUGAGGAGGAUUACAGAUACACGGUGCUGCGAGCCCUCCCCGAUCUGAAGACACUGGACAAGAUCCCUGUGCAGCCGGAGGAGGUCCAGGACGCGAUGCGCAGGGGCAGGGAGCUGCUGCACCCCCAGGACGGCGAGUACUGGGACCAGCAGCCCGGGCCAGGCAGCAGAGACUGCAGCCCCCCACCCGCCGCCGCACCGGCACCCACCCCCUACCAGCGCGUCGAGCAACAGCAACAAGGUCAACAACCACAACAACCACCUCCGUCCCAGCAGCAAGCACAACCAUCUCCUUCACCUGAGCGGCAACCGCAGCUACAAACUCAAAUACCCUCUGAGCCAUCAAGAGAUGUGACUGGGCUCGAAGACACUCGCCCCAACGCAGAUGCAUCAACGCCACCAUCUCGCCCCACCCACUCAGCCACAUCCAUGACCACUCCUUCAUCCACAUCCUCCUCCCGUAGAACUCCUUUGUCCUCAUCUCCUCCACAGCCCAGUGUGCAGCAAGGCUCCCCUGUGGGGCAGCGAAGCCCUCCAAGAUGUGCUGCUGAUUCACAGAAUGCAACGUUUACCAGAAAACCAUCAAGGGAUUACAUAAUUCGUAAUGCUGACGAUGUGCCUGUUGGGGGUGGCAGUGCUGGCAGUGGAGGACAAUACUAUUAUGAAGACGGAGAAAUGCAGUACCAAAGACCACCCCAAGCACUUCCUCCAGCUACACACAUGUAUGAGGAACCACUUGUUGAAGAAGAUUCACCUGUAAUACUGCGGCAUCCACAUCGUAUGAGCAAUGGUGGUUAUCAUGAGCCGCUAAUCAAUCAAGGCGACAAUAGCAGCAGUGAUGGUAGUGGUGGAAUGUACAGGGAGAGGUCACGGCCAGUAAGCACAGUGGAGGAUGAAUCAAGACAAACAUAUGAUCGAAAUAAUCGUCAAACCCAUGAGAGACUUUCAUCUGCUGCACAGCGGCUGGCAAACGACCGCAUAACAUGCAAUGCCAAUCAGCGUGCUCCCUAUCCCCGCAGACCAAUAACACGGAGUUCAAACCUGCUUUCUGCAGUUCUCUGUCUAGUCAAAGAACUGGAUUACCCAAGCUUAGAGGUUGUUGAGAUGGCAGUUAAGUGUCGGAUGGAUGAACUGGAAGACUAACUUUGUUUUCUCUAAGCAAUCUACAAUGACUAACUAAUUACCAAAAAUACUUUUAAAUGUAUUAUUCACAAAUGUAAAUAUUGUGAUAGAUUUAAUGGCAUUUAGGUGUGCAUAUGUAACAUUCACUUCUAAAUGUAUACUUCUGAGUGUGACUGAGUGUGACUUGGAGUGAGCUCGAGAAGUGUAACGUCAAGGUCUUUCUAUUUAUCUUUGACCAGGGACUGGAAAAUACAAAGUAAGGAAAAUUGUAAAAAUUUGUUAUUGUUAUGAACUGAUUCACUGCCUAUAACAUAUUGACAAUUUAAUAAAUUAUCUAAAAUUUUGUGAUAAUGCUGGUUACACUAAGGCACAUAUACCUAAAUAGUUCAGAAAAAGCUGUGAUUGUUUUGGUGAGAGGAAAAGAGCUUGUAAUGCCUACAAAAACCAUUGCAGAUUGUCCCAUACAUCGUCAAAUAUUCAAAUUUAAUUCAAAUUUAUAACUAAAUCUAAAAACUGUUAUUUUUAAUGAUUUUUUUAAACAUAGGUAUUAUUGUGAUACAAGCUUUAUGUUUAAAUCAUGAUAGUCUUCAUUCCAAAUGCUUCUCUCUGUCAUCAACCUUCUGACUUGUCAAUCAAAUGCAAUAUGUUUUAGUUAUCUUACUAUGGAUUGUGGAUUAAGAGUAAUGGUCAUGUAAUGAAAUUUUAGUAAGAAGGGUAUCACACAUGCCACACAUCCAACUUCCUUAAUAGUUUGCAUUCUAAAGUAAUGAAACAAACAGUUGGUUCUUUUUCAAUCAAAUAAGUAGGUGUGUCCCACUGUCGACUUGCUUCUUCAGUUAAUGGUUUCUUUUGCCAUCAGUUUCUUACUCACCAAAUACGUAAUACCUUAAUACAGUAAAUUUAAGAAUAUUGCUGCAUGGCAGUGUAGUGAUUUGGAUUAACAUAAAGUGACUAGUAUACUCACUGCUGUUGAUCGGUAAGUGGGGGGAGUUUUUAAAAACUGUUCUUUCCAGAAUGCUUUCUAGCUUAGAAAAUUUGUCAUCAUACCUUUUUUUUAUUUACAUUUAUUUUUUAGAAAUUUGAUACAUACUCCCCUGUUCUUGUUUAUUCAUUAGGUUGAUACUGAUGUAUAUGUUCUUGACAUCCAAUCAUUUAAGGUGCUGACUAAUUUUGGUGAAAGACUUGUUUAGUAAAUCUCUAGUCCCGAAUCGAACAUGACUUGUUAUCGUUGUUUUAGAGCCCCCACAAAUUGAUAAAACCAUAGAGAAAUUGUAUUAUUUGCUCCGCUGGCUAGAAACUAGUUUACAGAGACUGCCAACUCGACCAGGUCUUUCUUGUUGAGAAAAUUUAAAUUUUUUAUCCGUCAAUGAACAAUUGUUAUACUACCUCUAAUUUUAAGAUUCCUUCAACUGUGAUGAAAUGAAAAAAGUUGUGCAUAUUUGUUAUUAAUUGAUAUUGAUAUUGAUAUUACUGAACAUUUAACAGGGUCGGUAUAGGAAUUCCCCCUCCGGAGGUGAAAACCUAGCGCGAUGCCAUGCUGCCCGUUUUUGUCCUUGAACUCAAAUUGUUUAUAUACUAUCUACAUAUUGUUUAUUGCUGAAAAGAAGCCGUGAUGUUGAUUCACUUCCAGUUCAUGUAUCAUUUUAGCAGCACUAGAACUGUUUUUGCUGUUUCAUGAUGGAUAAUAUAACACAUGUACAAUACUUUGGAAAUUAUUUUGUAGAAUUAAUAGUAUGCAACCUGAGAUAAAUGUCUAAAUCCUACAUCGAUCUCUUCAGUCCAAGAGGGUUUCUUUUUUUUUUUUUCAGUAUGUUUACCUACCCAUCAUACCACUUAGGUCAUUGAACGAAAGAUAUGGUGUUCAUUGUGAAUGAUGUUCAAGGAUUCUUUAUAAAUCUAUAAAAUGAUGACAAAUUAAAUUACUUCUUGUGUA